ACACGGAACGCAAGGCAACACCUGGUAGCGACAAUGGACCGAAAGCUUACCGAGGAAGAACAAACCUUGACCCGUGCCCCCAUCUCUCUCUCUCUCGUCAAUCAAAUUCCCCGCAUUCACAGCCAAAAGGUGAAAACGGGAAAGCAAAGUAAUAAUCACUUACAAAUUGCAAUCUUUACCUAAUCUACUAGUCUAAUCCUUCAAAGCAAAAUUUGUCUAGAGUGAGAGAGAGAGAGAGAGAGAGAGAGAGAGAGAAUUGGCAGCUCUACCCUCUGUCGGGUGCUUCUCUUUCUUCUCCUCACGUGUCCAUUCCAAAAACCCUAGUUUCCCAAAUCAAGCUAGCAAUCUCACCGUCAUAUAUCUGCGAACUCAAUGGCUGAUUUGGAGGACCCUUCUGGUUGAAAUGUUUGGCUCUUUUGGGAGCACUUUCAACUGGGUUGAUUACAGUUUUAAUGUCUUGGUUCCAGUUUUGGUAUUAGCGUGUCAAAAUGUCGAUAUCCCGAGCUCACAACGAGGUUAUCAAGAGCGGGCCACUUUUCACAACAUCCAAAGGGUUAGGUUGGAAAUAUUGGAAAAAACGUUGGGUUAUACUCACACGCAUUUCAUUAGUGUUUUUCAAAAAUGAUCCUAGCACACUUCCCCAGAGAGGCGGUGAAGUAAAUCUAAUUUUGGGUGGUAUUGACUUGGACAAUUCAGGAAGUGUUGUUGUUAGAGAAGAUAAAAGGCUUUUAACUAUAUUGUUUCCUGAUACAUGUGAUGGACGGGGUGAACGGGCAUUUACCCUCAAGGCAGAGACAUCCAAGGACUUGUAUGAUUGGAAGACUGCUCUAGAGCAUGCUCUUUCACAAGCUCCAAGUGCUACCUUUGUGAUGGAAUACAAAGGAAUCAUCCGUAACAAUGUUAAUGAUACAAUUGAAGGGUCUUUCCAUCAAUCAAAAAUCGUGGCUCCACCACUGCCAGGGAGGGAUAAGCGUCCUGUUAAAUCUAUGGUAGUUGGACGCCCAAUUUUGCUAGCUCUGGAAGACAUAGAUGGAGGCCCAUCCUUCCUUGAGAAAGCUCUUCGAUAUCUGGAGAAGUACGGAACUAAUGUGGAAGGAAUUUUGAGACAGUCUGCAGAUGUCGAGGAGAUAGAUCGCAGAGUUCAAGAAUAUGAAUUAGGCAAGAAUGAAUUUGCUCCUGAUGAGGAUGCUCAUGUUGUUGGUGACUGUGUUAAGCAUGUUCUUCGGGAGCUACCUUCACCUCCGGUUCCUGCAUCCUAUUGCACUGCUUUAUUGGAGGCAUAUAAAAUUGAUCGGAAGGAAGCUCGUGUGAAUUCCAUGCGGUCUGCAAUAUUGGAGACAUUUCCUGAACCAAACAGGCGUUUAUUACAGAGAUUGCUAUCUGCGAGGAUCAACUUUAUUGUUCAUAUGAGAAUGCAUAUGCAUCCAUACUGGCACAUGCAAGCCAAUCCUUCAUUGGAAAUCUUGAAGAUGAUGCACACAAUAUCUUUACAUGCAUCUGAGAAUAGAAUGACUCCAUCUGCUAUUGCUGCUUGUAUGGCACCGUUGCUCCUACGCCCUCUUGUAGCUGGUGAAUGUGAGUUGGAGGAUGGUUUUAAUGUUAACAUUGAUAUUUCUGCACAACUUCUUGCUGCUGCAAAUGCUGCUAAUAAUGCUCAAGCCAUAAUCACUGCACUUUUGGAGGAGUAUGAGACCAUUUUUAAUGAUGAUAAUCUACAUAGCUGCUCUAUUUCAGCUGAUUCUCAUAGCAGUGGGAGUGAAGAUUCAACCAAUGAUGAAAAUAUGGAUAUCUACCAUGAUGCAGAAAAUGAAGGGGAUCCAGAUACUGAUGAUGAUCUUGAUCGUGUGCUGAGUGGGAAAUUGACUGAAAGCAGUGGUUAUAUCGGCAAUGAUCUUUAUGACUAUAAGGCUUUUGGUGGUAAUGAUUUAGAUGGCGGCCCACCCGGGAAUAAUCUCACAUUAACUGCACAAACAAAUCCACCUGUAGAUUCUCAGUUAUUAAGAGAAUCAAACACUCAAUUUAAUGAGCAGCAAGGCCAACAGAAACCAAGUGAAAAUGAGAUGGACAGUAUUAGUAUUGUACCUUUUAAUGAGUCUCAUCGGUCAAUGGGGGAGAUAAUGUCUUCAAUGGAUCAAGGGCUGCCUCAAUCUGUGGUUGGGGCUGAAUCAUGUGUUGAGAAGUCAAUGAACAAACUUACAAGCUCCACUCUCAAUGUUAAGCGAUCAACAUUUUUGGGAAGAAAUACUGCUAGAAAGACACCCUCAAUGGAAUCAAUUGAUUCUUCUGGAGAGGAAGAACUGGCUAUCCAAAGGCUUGAAAUUACAAAGAAUGACUUGCAACACAGGAUUGCAAAGGGGGCUAGAGGAAAUGCUAUUUUACAGGCUAGCUUGGAGAGAAGGAAAGAAGCUUUGCAUGAGCGUCGCUUGGCACUUGAACAAGAUGUUUCAAGACUGCAAGAACAGUUGCAAGCCGAGAGAGAUCUGCGUGCUGCUUUGGAAGUUGGGUUGAGCAUGUCUUCUGGACAGUUCUCAACCUCUCGUGGUAUGGAUUCCAAGACAAUGGCUGAGCUUGAGGAGAUUGCUCUUGCUGAAGCAGAUGUGGCCAGGUUGAAGCAGAAAGUUGCAGAACUCCACCAUCAACUAAAUCAGCAAUGUCAGCAUCAGUACAGCUCCCUGUCUGAUGCAUGUGACAACUUUCAACAUGUCCAAAAUCAUAAUUCUCAACUGAAAAAAUUUCAGCAAGAUUUUGAUGUGACCCUUGCUUUUGUUAACCAUGAAAGGAAACAAAGAACUGAGGAGAGUUUAUUGGGGGCAGAGUUGAGGAAUAUUAAAGGACAGGUAUUAACAUCUGGAAGAAGUAGCAGACAGCCUGCUCAGAAACAAUUCAUAGACUCAGCAAGCUUCGGUGAUUCUAAAAGUAUUGAGGCAUCCACAAGUAUAUAUAUGGAUGAACUUUAUGCCGUUGAUUCUACCUCUGUGCCUUCCACUUCAAGGGUAGCAGAGGUGUUAGCAUCCUCCACUUUGGUAGAAUUAACUACACGUCUUGACUUCAAGGAACGACGCACUCAGCUGAUGGAACAACUUCACAACCUUGAUUUAAACUAUGGGACUGCUUCUUCACAAGAUUUUGCUUAUAUACCAGCAUCUCCUUCAUGGAAGUGACAGAUGAUGAUGGCUUCUCAAGCCAGAUGAAUGGCUGGCUUUGUGCCAUUUGUACAUCCUUGGUACUAUUGCAUAUAGUUGUGUGCUUGUAAUCCCACAUACACGUAUUCUCCUUUUUCCAUUUAGCAUUUUUUUCUUUCCUGGCGAUUGAGACUGGUCCUGGUUGAGUGGGAGUUUUACUUAGAAGAAACAAAUUAUUAUUAUUAAUUUUUUGAGUCGUUUGUCAAGUGAAACUAUUAUUUGUUA